GCGGGCGCUGGGGCCCGAGCGACUGCGGGCGGAGGGCUCAGCCUUAAACUCCGCUCUUUCUAACUUGCAGAGACAAGAGAUAAUUGAUUCCAUUAUGUGUGCGUCGGCCAAAUACAACACUCGGGGUCCAGCCCUCAUCCCAAGAAUGAAAACCAAGCAUCGCAUCUACUACAUCACUCUCUUUUCCAUAGUUCUGCUGGGCCUGAUAGCCACAGGAAUGUUCCAGUUCUGGCCUCAUUCCAUUGAGUCGUCCAAUGACUGGACUGUUGAAAAACGCAGCGUCCAUGAUGUGCCUGUGGUCAAGCUUCCUGCUGAUAGCCCCAUUCCUGAGCGGGGAGACCUCAGCUGCCGGAUGCACACCUGCUUCGACGUCUAUCGAUGUGGCUUCAAUCCCAAAAACAAAAUCAAGGUAUACAUCUACUCACUGAAAAAGUAUGUGGAUGAGUACGGGACGUCAGUGAGCAAUACCAUUUCCAGGGAAUACAACGAGCUGCUAACUGCCAUCUCUGACAGUGAGUUCUACACCGACGAUGUCAACCGGGCCUGCCUUUUUGUGCCGUCCAUAGAUGUCCUCAAUCAGAACACGCUGCGCAUCAAGGAGACAGCGCAGGCUUUGGCACAGCUAUCCAGGUGGGAUCGAGGCACAAACCACUUGCUCUUCAAUAUGCUGCCCGGAGGGCCACCAGAUUAUAACACUGCACUAGAUGUUCCUAGGGAUAGGGCUCUGCUAGCUGGUGGAGGCUUCUCCACGUGGACUUACCGGCAAGGCUACGAUGUCAGUAUUCCUGUUUACAGCCCGUUGUCUGGGGAAGUGGAUCUGCCAGAAAGAGGACCAGGUCCCCGCAGGUAUUUCAUUCUGUCAUCUCAAAUGGCUCUGCACCCAGAAUACCGGUCUGAGUUGGAAGCUCUUCAGGCUGAGAAUGGGGAAUCGGUGUUGGUCUUAGACAAAUGCACAAAUCUGUCAGAUGGUGUCCCUGCUGUUCGCAAACGCUGUCACAACAAUCAAAUCUUUGAUUAUCCUCAAGUGCUUCAGGAAGCUACGUUCUGUGUCGUUCUACGUGGAGCCCGCCUGGGUCAGGCUGUGCUAAGUGAUGUUCUUCAAGCUGGCUGUGUCCCAGUCAUCAUUGCCGACUCCUACAUUUUACCUUUCUCUGAGGUUUUGGACUGGAAGAGGGCUUCUGUUGUCAUCCCUGAGGAAAAGAUGCCAGAAAUGUACAAUAUUCUGCAAAGUGUUCCCCAGCGACAGAUUGAAGAGAUGCAAAGACAGGCAAGGUGGUUCUGGGAAGCAUAUUUUCGAUCAAUGAAAGCAAUUGCUCUUGCUACUCUUCAGAUUAUCAAUGAUAGAAUUUACCCAUAUGCUGCCAUUUCUUACGAAGAAUGGAAUGAUCCCCCAGCUGUGAAAUGGAGCAGUGUGAGCAACCCACUCUUCCUUCCGCUGAUUCCACCACAGUCCCAAGGAUUCACAGCUAUAGUUCUGACCUACGACCGGGUGGAGAGCCUUUUCCGAGUCAUCACUGAGGUGUCCAAAGUGCCUAGUCUGUCCAAGUUGUUAGUUGUCUGGAACAAUCAGAACAAGAAUCCACCAGAAGAUUCCCUCUGGCCAAAGAUUCGUGUUCCACUGAAAGUUGUUAGGACUGCAGAAAACAAACUUAGUAACCGCUUCUUCCCCUAUGAUGAAAUUGAAACAGAAGCAGUGUUGGCUAUUGAUGAUGAUAUCAUUAUGCUAACCUCAGAUGAACUUCAGUUUGGCUACGAGGUUUGGCGUGAGUUCCCGGACAGGUUGGUUGGAUAUCCAGGUCGCCUGCAUCUUUGGGACCAUGAGAUGAACAAAUGGAAAUACGAAUCAGAAUGGACCAAUGAAGUCUCGAUGGUGCUCACUGGGGCUGCAUUUUAUCACAAGUAUUUCAACUAUCUUUACACGUACAAAAUGCCUGGAGACAUCAAGAACUGGGUGGAUGCUCAUAUGAACUGUGAAGAUAUUGCCAUGAAUUUCCUAGUGGCAAAUGUCACCGGCAAAUCAGUCAUUAAGGUGACCCCACGAAAGAAGUUCAAAUGUCCAGAAUGCACAGCAAUCGAUGGGUUAUCACUGGACCAGACACACAUGGUAGAAAGAUCUGAAUGCAUCAAUAAGUUUGCCUCUGUCUUUGGGACCAUGCCCCUGAAAGUGGUGGAGCACCGUGCCGACCCCGUCCUGUACAAAGAUGACUUUCCUGAGAAACUGAAGAGCUUUCCCAAUAUCGGCAGCUUGUAAUGGCAGCUGUGGCACAAACCUGAGUGCUGAAAACACUGGUGGAAAAGGUGCUAAGAGGAAUAUAAGGCCCUGAAGAAAAAAAAAUAAAAAAAUGCUGGAGUGGGUUACACCCAAGGGAAACGGGAAUUAAAGUUGUAUUUUAGUAUAUUGUCUUACUUCUGUAUUGCACAAAAAAAGCAAUGAAAAGCUGAACAACUGACUCUGUUGCUCACAGAGGAUUGGUUAUAUUCAUGGGUCCUACCAGAAAUGUCAGACACUUCUCCAAAGGAGGCUGUGCACCUGGGAGAAUAAAACUGAAUCUCGCUCUCUGUGGCAUGAGUGACCUCUUCUAUCGAAUGUACUGCAGUCCUCUGAUUCCUAAGCAUCCGUACAUUUGAAACAACUGCCUGGAAUGUAUAGGUGCUCUCUUUUGGGAGGAGCUUAUUUCCGGGGUCAUUGGUGGGCCUGCAACUUUUGAGUUUAAUUGUGGGCUUAAUUGAAUACCAAACCUGUUUUUCUGCAUAGUGGGACAAAUGUUAAGUUUUUUGUUGUUUUUGUUUUACAAAAUCUGCGUUUAUCACAUGGUGUAAAGGGCAAAACAUUUUGUGUUACUUAUUUUUUAUGUGAAUCGAGACAAACGGCAUCUGGGACGAUGGUGUUUUUAAUGCAGAGAGACCUGCAGGAUGCAGCUCCAAAUGCUGCAAGCCCUUCUUUCUGCAUAAAUCUCAGGUUUUCUGCUGCGUCCAUGCAAGAGACGAGGACUGUGUUAAAACGAGUAUUACACAGAGAAGCAUCUUUCAUGUUUGCUUUUCAUUAGCAAAGCAGAACAGCCAGGUAACAAUUCUACAUCGUAGCCAUACAUUGGAACAGCAGCUAUGAAGUCAAAUUUCAACAUCUGAAUCCUCUUCAGCAGGCAGUGUGUUGUAGUACUGACUUGUAAAAACCUUCAAUUUACAGAAACUCCCAGUUAAAGCUUUGAUGUGCAGGGUUAUGUGUACAUGCAAGACACUAACGCACACUUGCAAACUCCUGUAAGUUACUGUUGGAAAAACUGCUGGGUCUGAGCUUGUAAUUUAACUAAGGAACCCAUUGCUACAGGCUGCCACUGAAACAUGCUGCUUAGGAAAGCUUUUGGAGAAGCUUUACACUUCUUAAAAGCAUUGGAAAUGUUUCUCAGUACUGAAAUUAACCUGAAUUGGAAAAUUACAUGGAGCAAAAAAAUAGAAAUAAAGUCGCUUGGACCAUUACCUCUUGUCCUUUGAUAUUAAAGAUGAUUCCACGUUGGGCUGAGAAAAGAAUCUCUUUUUCAGCUCUGCUGAUAAAACAUCUGUUACCAGAUAAGGGUGAUUUGGCUGUCUUUUGAAACCUCCACUGCUGCCAGUUACAGGGAUAUCCUACUCGAAGGGCUGUUUUUCUGCUCUACUAUGAGCAGCCUUAUUCCUCAGAUUUUGCCAAACCCCAAACAAUAGGACAAGUGUUAGGCAUCACAGUUCACCCCCUCUCCUAAGCUGGAUAGGCAGCAAUGACAGAAACCAAAUGAAAGUCAGGCUAGAAACAGGAAACAUCUGCUCCUAUUUGUCUCACCCCCACUAAGACUUAUCUUAUUGCCCAACGCAGUGGAUGUGCUGUGAAUGAAAAUCAUAUUGGAACAAUAGCUCUGAGGGGAUGCUUCACUUCAUAACUCCCCUGGGAUGUGCCUGUAAACUGUAUCGUCCGAAACUCUGGGAACGUUUAAUUACUAGUAAAUGCUCUUUGCUGUAGUCUUUGUUUCAUUCCGAAUUUGCUGUGGGAGGGGGUGUAAGGGAGCUAGGAGGACAGCUUUUGCAGUGACAAAAACUGCUUCAGCACAGUGGGUAUCACAAGAUCGAGGAAGGUUUGUUGCUUGCUGUUUCUCCUUUGCGGUAUCGUAUGUUCAUUCACGUGAAUCUUCUGAAUCUUUCUGUUACUUUAUGCCCUGGUGCUUGAGCGUCAAGAGAAGCUCAGCAUUAUUUAUUCUAAGAAGUUUAAUUUAAAAGGGUGGCUGUGAAAGUAUGGCGGUCACUUGAAUUUUAGCCUUUCUUUUGGGGCUGAUCUCAGCUUGGCAAUAUAACCUGUAGCAUCUUCCUGACACAAAGUUGUGGAGCUGCAGUGAUUUCUUGCUGCUUUCUCACUAAAGCCAGAAAUCCACGUUUUGCACAGUGUCUUAAAAGACAUGGAAGAUUUCAAAUAGUUGGUGGAUUAUUUUCAGGUGGGGACAGCCUAACCAACCCUCCUCAACUGGUCUGUGGCCUCAAGUCAGUAAAAGGCAAAGGUCCUUGUGUCUGCAUCCCGGAGUAUCUGAGUGGGUUCCCCUUCCUCAAAAUGCCAAGUGACCUGUACCAGUCAUGUUUUGUCUUUUAGCACUUUACAGUAGCUUUUAUAGGUCUGUCUCACUUAAAUGGUAAUUUUUGGCAAUUGACUUGUUAAAAACAAACAAACAAAAAAGUAAAACGGCCUACGUCCCCACUACAUCCGUAUUUGUUUUGGUUUUGUUGGUUCAAGGCCUGUAAAGGUAAGAUGUACCUGUAUGACUGAUUCACAAUGGUUUUGUUGUCAGUCGUUAAACUAAGAUCGUUGUUAACUUUUCAUUGUAUAUAUGUUAUCAAAAGAGUUUAAUAUUGGUAUAUUAAAAGGUAAAUCCAAGGA